AUGAAGGUCCUGGUCCUUAUGUUUCUGGCGGCUCUUGUCGUCUCUCCGGCCGAAUCAAGGAUGGUCGUCAACUUCCGCCACCCCAAAGAAGGUACGACGCUCUUCUUCUCACUCCAGAAUUAAAUAAUAAUCUUUUUCUUCCUCCUCCUCCCUCUCCGAUCUGGUUCUCCGGUCGAUUGGACGUUGCAGGUGUGAAGAGGACCAGCGGCGCCGCCGGCGUCGGCGGCGCUCCGGCGCGCGUAGCCCGCGUGUUUCCUUAUGCUCCUCCCGCGCCGAAGGCCAACGACCGCCCCGAGUUCCCACCCGGCCUCUGA